AAUAACCUUGUAAAAGUCAUACACUACACGGUUGAGUACACAGUGUGUCAUUUGGGACACAACUACUUUAUGCUACUGACUACUGGCUCCUUUGUAUAGGUUAAUUGUUGCACCGGAGCAAAACAUGUCUACAAAGGUCGCUGUUGUCACCGGUUCCAACAAAGGCAUCGGACUGGCCAUAGUGAAAGGACUUUGUAAAGCUGGUUACAGUGGAGACGUUCUUCUCACCGCUCGCAAUGAAGCGCUGGGAAAGAAGACACUAGAGCUGAUGAAAGCCGAGGGCUUCAAAAAUGUCCUCUUCCAUCAACUCGACAUCUGCGACAAAAGCAGUAGUCUGGCGCUCGGGAAGUUUCUGAAGGAGAAAUACGGAGGCCUGGAUGUGCUCGUCAACAACGCUGGAAUCGCUUACAAAGUGAAUGCCCCAGAGUCUUUUGAGGAACAGGUUGACGUCACCAUGCGCACCAAUUUUUGGGGAACACUGUGGGUGUGUCGCGCGCUUUUCCCCCUGCUGAAAACUAACGCUCGUGUAGUCAAUGUGUCCAGCUUCUUCAGCAAACAGUCUCUGGAUCAAUGUAGCCCAGAACUCCAGGCAAAGUUGAGAAGAACAGACAUGUCAGAGGAGGAGCUCUGCUUACUGAUGGGGGAGUUUGUUACUGCUGCACAAAGUAGAGCUCAUGAGGCUCAGGGUUGGCCAAGCACUGCUUAUGGUGCCACCAAGAUAGGUGUGACUGUUCUUUCAAGGAUCCAGGCACGGGUUCUUAAUGAAACCAGACCCGGUGAUGGCAUCCUCCUCAAUGCCUGUUGCCCAGGCUGGGUUAGAACAGACAUGGCUGGUCCAGAUGCCCCCAAAAGCCCAGAGGAAGGAGCGGAAACUCCGGUGUACCUGGCAUUGUUGCCAGAUGGAGCCAAGGAGCCACAUGGACAGUUGGUUUGGGACAAAGCGGUGCAGGAAUGGUAGAGGGGAAAAUAGAGUAUAAAUGAUGUAAGCAGAAUAAAAUGCAUUAAAACUUCUGAUUAAUUUCUACUGGAUAAUGCAAUCUCAUUUUUGUUAAUCUUGCUUGAAAUAAUAAUAGUAUCGGUUCUGCCAUGAAAUAUUUUUUCUACAAUUAUAUGUUUAAUAAUAAAAUGUGUUGAUGUAC